AUGAAUGAGGAGGCUCUGUUGGCACGGGCUUCCGAGGAGCGGGAGCGUAUCUUCCAGAGGUACGAGAGGGGGCGUGAGAAUCUCGCAGGGCAGAUUGAUCCUUGGGAAGAUCCCGAAUUUGAAGAAUAUCACAAAACAGAUAGAUAUGGGUUCAUACAUGAUGAAAGGUUGCCGCAGAAAACGGCGCCGCAAAAGAUUAAUAUUGAAGUGGAGAGGGAGAAGAAAUGGGUCAAAAUGCUUGCCACUUGGGACUCUCCUACUACCAAAGAAAAACUCCAUAGACGUAUUUACAAGGGCAUUCCAAAUUCAUUAAGAAUUAAGAUAUGGUGCAAAUUGCUAGAUGUUAAUAGAAUAAAGUCAGAUAACCCUGGAAAAUAUCAUGAAAUGUUGAGACUUGCCAAACAAUGGUCUACAGAUGUAAGGCAAAUAGAUUCUGAUGUUAACAGACAAUUUCGAGAACAUCAGUUUUACCGAGAAAGAUAUUCAGAGAAACAGUGUUCACUAUUCAAUGUCCUAUGUGCAUAUAGUAUGUAUAAUUCAGAAGUUGGAUACUGUCAAGGCAUGUCUGGGUUGGCUGGUGUCCUACUUAUGUAUAUGGAUGAAGAAGAUGCUUUCUGGGCGCUUGCCGUACUUUUAUCAGACAGAAAGUAUCUCAUGCAUGGAUUGUAUAUAGAAGGAUUUCCAAAAUUAACAAGAUUUUUAGAACACCACGACAGGAUACUCACAAAAUUUAUGCCAAAAUUAAAGGUUCACUUUGAUAAAUUCGGUCUAGAUGCAAUCUUGUACUCUCUAAAGUGGUUCUUUGUCGUUUUCGUAGAACGAGUACCCUUUAGUUUAUGUUUGAGAGUUUGGGAUAUAUACUUGCUUGAUGGAGAAAGAGUAGUCACUGCGAUGGCUUAUACAAUAUUAAAACUUCACAAAAAAGCAAUAAUGAAGUUAAAUGAUAUGGAUCUUAUUGUUAAUUAUAUUCAGGUAAAACUACACAAAGAUUUUGGUUUUGAGGACGAUAUAGUUAUUUACCAUUUAGAACGAUCAAUGGAUGAAUUAAGACGAGCAAAGCUUGAUUAUCCUGGUCCACCACCUCCAAAUGAGUUGCCAAAACGACAACUUGGUAUGUUUGUAGAGCCUGACAAGAAAUCAAAAAUUGGGCAGCGUGCGGAGAAUUUCUCUGAAACAGAAAAACAAACUAGGGCCACUGUGAUAUUAAGACGUGAAAAAGCUGCAAUGGAACUACAGGAACUCCGGGUUUCACAAAGCGACACAGUGUCAGAUCACAGCGGUGUCGCGGCUAACGUACGUUGCGACGACUCGGUGUCCGCACUCGGUUCUCGUCGCUCACUGGCGGACACUAGUGUCACUAGUACCGCGGACCUGAGCGUGUUCUCGAGCGGCCGGUCCCACGCCCCGGAAAAUUCGCUAGACACACAUAGCAACGUCAGCGACGACGGCACUGGAUCGGGUAUAGGCGGAUUGAGUAUCCAACGUGCCCCAUCUACUGCUCAUUCUACGCCCAGAGCAACACCGCAUCCGCCGUCAGUAUCACCACUAUCAGACGACAUAGUCCGUAUACACGUGACAUACAAUCCUCUAGCAGCAAGCCCCUCCCAUUUACACCCUAGUCCCGCGAAAUAUAAAUCAUACUCAGACGAACACCAUAAGCCCAUCUCUCUCGGUUUCUACACGAGUAACGGAGCAAGCAAUCUAUCGUCAGACAACAGAAUCCGUAUCCAGGUCCCUUCAGAGGAACUGUUGACGCCCGUCGUCGAUUCUGGCAGGAUUAUAACUCAAAGGUACAUUGAAUCUCAAGAUAUGUACGAUCUAAAAUAA